AUGCAGCAAAUGCAUCUUUUCUGUUUUCAGUUGAUUUUCGUAACCCUGGGAUUGCUGGCCAGUGUAGCAGCCAAGCCAGCUGUGGAUCCAGCAUUGUUUCCUUCGGCAUCUCCUUUCGGAUUCUAUCCAGGAUCAGGUGGACCUUUCGCAGCCGCCUAUGCUGCUGGUGCUCCUUUGUAUAAUCCUUUGGGUGCAUCUCCUUUGGCCGUAUCCAGCAGCCAGCGCUUGGACUACUUUAACCAGUUUAAUGCCGCCUUUGCUCCGACUGCUCCUGCCCGCAUCCUGGCUACUGCUCCAUUCCCUGCAACUGGCGCCCGACUCAUCCAGCCAACUCGUUUCCUUGCUCCUGCAGUGCCAGCACCAUUUUUCUUUUAG